AUGGGCACCACAACCACCACAGACCCCACCCUUCACCUGCCCCGCGUCCUCUGCCUGCAUGGCGGUGGUGUAACAGGCGAAAUCUUCCGGCUCCAGGCACGCGCCCUAGUUUUCCAUCUCUCGUCGUCCUUCCGCCUCGUCUUCGCCGAUGCGCCGUUCUUCUGUGACGCCGGCCCCGGUAUCAUCCCUGUCUACGCAGGCAUGGGCCCAUACCGCCGUUGGCUGCGCUGGCUGCCCCACCACCAGGUCGUUGACGCCGAUACCGCCGUCGAGGAAAUCCGCUACCAAAUCGAAAGCGCCAUGGAGGAGGACGACAGACAAGGAGCCACGGGCGAAUGGGUCGGCUUCAUGGGAUUCAGCCAGGGCGCAAAGGUCAGCGCCAGUCUGCUGUUCGAAUCCCAGCGUCGCCGCGACCUAAAGAGUCGCGGUCAGCUUGUCAGAGGCUACGAAGGCGACAAUGUGGAGACAAAGCUGUGGAGCCAGGACUGGAGCUUUGCUGUGCUCAUGGCCGGCCGUUCGCCUUUGGUGGCAUUCAGUCCGGACAGCGAAUCGUUCCCAUUUCAGACUGCCCGCGAUGCCGAUUCGGGCCAGGACAGAGGCCCCGUGCAAGAUGAGGCAUUGCUCAAGCUUCCGACCCUGCAUGUUCACGGGCUGAAAGAUGUGGGUAUCCAUCUGCAUCGCCAAUUGCUGAACCAAUACUGUUCCAAGGAUUCGGUGGAACUCAUGGAAUGGGAUGGCGAUCACAGGGUUCCGCUGAAAACAUCGGAUGUGGAAGUGUUCGUGGAUAAGAUGCUCUCAGUUGCGAGAAAAGCCGGGGUCGAGCCAGGAGUUGGUAGGAAGGCAUGA